CCUCCUCCGCCGCCGCCUGGUUCCCGUUCCGGGGCCGCCGCCGCCGCGGUUGCUGUUGCUGUUGGCGCCCGCCUUCCCUUCGCCUCGGCUCCGGCGGGGCCUCGUCCCCGGCCAUGGCCACCAAGAAAGGCGGGUCGCGGCUGGAGAGCGAGAUCGAGCGGUGCCGCUCCGAGUGCCAGUGGGAGAAGAUCCCUGAGCUCGUCAAGCAGCUCUCGGCCAAACUCAUCGCCAACGAUGACAUGGCAGAGCUUCUCCUCGGAGAAUCAAAACUUGAACUUUUUCUGAAGGAUAACCCUCUUAAACAGGGUGCUAGUCCCUACGGUCCUCGGCCAAAGUUGAUAGAAGUCAAGAAGCAUCUCACUGCAGCACUUGACCGAGGAAAUUUAAAGCCAGAGUUCUUACAAGAAGCCAACUUAGUUAUGGCCAAAUUAAACUAUGUGGAAGGCGAUUAUAAAGAAGCUCUUAAUAUAUAUGCAAGGAUUGUGAUUGAUGAUUUACAGCUUGUUGCUGUACCUCCUUACCGGCUGAGGAUGAUUGCUGAAGCAUAUUCUACCAAAGGUCUUUGUCUAGAAAAGUUGCCAAUUUCUUCAUCAACAAGUAACCUCCGAGCAGAUCGCAAACAAGAUAUCAUUAUGUGCUAUGAAAAAGCUGGAGACAUAGCACUUCUGUAUCUUCAAGAGAUAGAAAGGCUAAUGAUUUCCACUAUGCAGAACAGAAGCCCUAAACCAGGACCUACAACACAUGAACAAGAACUUGGAUAUUUUUUAGAAACAGGACUUCAGAGGGCACAUGUUUUAUAUUUCAAAAAUGGGAUAAACGUGCAUGAAGACCAACAGAAUUUGACAAGAGGAGUCGGUAGAUUUAGAGAGAUUCUAAGAGCUAUUGAAACAAGAACUACACAAAAUCUACGCAUGACAAUAGCAAGGCAGUUAGCGGAAAUCUUGCUACGAGGUAUGUGUGAACAGAGUUACUGGAACCCAUUAGAUGACCCUCCUCAUCAAUCUCCACUGAAUGAUCCUCUCUGGAAAGGUGCAAACACUAAAAGUUAUGCUCUUAGCCGAAGACCACGGGUCUACUCAGGGGAAAACAUUUUCUGUCCUCAAGAGAACACUGAAGAAGCUCUCUUGCUGCUGCUGAUUAGUGAGUCUAUGGCUAAUCGUGAUGCUGUUCUGAGUAGAAUACCAGAACACAAAAGUGACCGCAUCAUUAGUUUGCAAAGUGCAUCUGUAGUUUAUGACUUGCUUACUAUUGCCUUGGGAAGAAGAGGUCAAUAUGAAAUGCUAUCAGAGUGUUUAGAAAGAGCUAUGAAGUUUGCCUUUGAAGAAUUCCAUCUUUGGUAUCAGUUUGCACUGUCCUUAAUGGCUGCAGGAAAAUCUGCUCAAGCUGUGAAGGUCUUGAAAGAGUGCAUUCGAUUGAAGCCAGAUGAUCCAACAAUCCCACUUCUUGCUGCCAAACUAUGUAUGGGAUCCCUUCAUUGGCUAGAAGAAGCAGAAAGGUUUGCCAAAAUAGUGGUUGAUGCAGGGGACAAGACUUCAGAGUUUAAAGCCAAAGGUUUUUUAGCCCUGGGACUGACAUACAGCCUACAAGCUACAGAUGCUUCUUUGCGAGGUAUACAAGAAGUCCUGCAGAGAAAGGCUCUCAUUGCGUUUCAAAGGGCACACACUUUGUCUCCAACUGAUCACCUGGCAGCGUUUUAUCUAGCUUUGCAGUUUGCUAUAUCCCGGCAGAUACCAGAAGCAUUGGGUUAUGUUCGCCAGGCUCUUCAGCUCCAGGGAGACGAUGCUAAUUCUUUGCAUCUCCUUGCCCUCUUGCUGUCAGCUCAGAAACACUACCAUGAUGCUCUGAAUAUCAUUGACAUGGCCUUGAGUGAAUACCCAGAAAACUUUAUAUUACUGUUUUCUAAGGUGAAGUUAGAAUCACUCUGCAGGGGUCCAGAUGAGGCACUCCUUACUUGCAAACACAUGUUGCAGAUCUGGAAAUCCUGUUACAAUCUCACUAACCCCAGUGAUUCUGGCCGGGGCAGCAGUUUGUUAGACAGGGCGAUUGCUGACAGACGACAGCUUAAUACGAUUACCUUGCCAGACUUCAGUGACCCUGAAACAGCUUCUGAUUCUUCCACAUCUUCAUCUCUCUCAAGAACCGAGUCUCCUCUCCACCUGUUUAUGUCUUCUCAGUCUCCUCACCCUCAUCCCAAAACUGAUACCUUUGUGUGGCCCUAUGCAACCAAUCCCAACUGUGACCACGUUCCUGGGCCCUGCGAACCUUCACCCUGUAAACUGAUUUCCUCUUUCUGAUAGGCAUUGCUAGUUUGCUUUGCUUGUGCUUCUGAUAAUCUCCAUAACUGCUAAGCACCAAUUCCAUUCAUAUGUUGUUGAACUUGAAGGUGUUGGUAAUGAGUGUGCUUAUACCUGUUGGGAUAUAUUUUGAUUCCAAUCAAUAAAUAAUGAAGGGAUAUGGGAAUGCCAAAAUUUUAGGCUGAAAUAUCUUUUCCUUUAAGUGAGCAUGAAUAGUUUUAAGCAACCAACUUCCCAGUUUCACCAGCAGUGGAGAAGGACUUAGAAGAGGUUUCAUAAGGGGUCCGCCAGGGGGCUCUGUUGCUUCCCUGACAGAAUAGAGCCAAUGGUGUUGACAGAAGACUCGACUGCAGCAUUGUGUCAUUGGCACCUGUUAGCUCAGCAGUGCCAGAGUCUGUUGGAACUAGUAUUGGUUCCUAGCGAUAAUUCCAUUAAAAAGAAAAAAACCAACCAGAAACAGUAAUGUGUCCAGCAUUGGCUGUCUGGCACCUAAUCCUAAGUAGUCAAUCUGUGCUCCAUCUCAUCAAGGAUGUAUUUAGAUGUAUACAUGCAGUAUUUUAGGUGUGCAUCAGAAAAUUAAAAUAUAAAUGUGAUGAAAAUGUACUGUAUAAAGGAUUUACUAAGACUGGGCCUGGAAGUGCACCAGGAUAAGAAAGACAAUGGUGUCUUGGCUGCCAGCUUCAAGUCUAUGUAGUUGCAGGAGAAAGUAUAACUGAGUUCCCUUUUAACUUUUCCUUUCAAACCUUCAGAUUCAGAGGAAGAAUGUAGUCCCUUUUGAAGUAAUAGCUAAUGCAGGGGUCCCCAAACUUUUUAAACAGGGGGCCAGUUCAUGAUCCUUCGGACCGUUGGAGGGCCGGACUAUAGUUGGCCACCGAGCAAUAAUAAUAAUAAUUAAUAAUAACAACAACAAUAAUAAAAAAGAGGGUUGGAAGAGACCCUUUGGGACAUUGAGUCCAAUCCCCUUCUGCCUUUGUGCACCAAAAGCACAAACAAAGCAUUCCUGACAGAUGGCCCAGCCUCAAUGUUAAUAAUAAUAAUAAUAAUAAUAAUAAUAAUAAUAUUUGAUUGAAGUCAAAAAUCAGAAACUCCUCAAAGCACAGCAGACAAAAAACCAGUACAAGAAAGCCACACUACAAACUAGAGCUGACAGCUGGCACAACAAAACAUUGCAUGGAAAGUUCCUUGACAAAAUUGAAGGAAAAGCUGAUAAGGAGAAGACCUGGCUCUGACUCACAAAUGGGCCCCUGAAGAAGGAGACAGAAGGCCUGAUCCUUGCAGCCCAGGAGCAAGCCAUCAGAACAAAUGCAAUUAAGGCCAAGAUCGAAAAAUCAGCUGUUGACCCAAAAUGCAGACUGCAAGGAAACCGACAAAACCAUUGAUCAUAUCCUCAGCUGCUGUAAGAAAAUUGCACAGACAGACUACAAACAGAGGCACAACUAUGUGGCCCAAAUGAUUCAUUGGAACUUAUGCCUCAAGUACCACCUCCCAGCAGCAAAGAACUGGUGGGAUCACAAACCUGCAAAAGUAUUGGAAAUGAGCACGCAAAGAUACUGUGGGACUUCCGAAUCCAGACUGACAAAGUUCUGGAACACAACACACCAGACAUCACAGUUGU